GUACCUGGCCAAAUUGUCCUCGGUGGGCAGCAUCUCCGAUGAGGAGACCUGCGAGAAGCUCAAGGGGCUGAUCCAGAGGCAGGUCCAAAUGUGCAAGAGGAACCUGGAGGUGAUGGACUCGGUGCGGCGCGGGGCGCAGCUCGCCAUUGAGGAGUGUCAGUACCAGUUCCGAAACCGACGAUGGAACUGCUCGACUCUGGACAGCCUGCCAGUCUUUGGCAAGGUGGUGACACAAG